AAAACCUAAAGUGCAAACACAUUUAGAUGUAUUUUACAAUACUCGCCCUUCCAACCUUCCUACAAAUAUCAAACAGAAAGCCAAGCUUCGUUCAAAUCUGGAUCCAAUUCAGACGAAUACUACUGAACCACUCGGUAGCUCGAUCUGUAACAUGAUGUUAGCUUAAGUGGGGUGAGGCAGUCUGAGAUCCAAGCGCAAGUACUUUAUCGCACACGCGUCAAAGUCGCGUCUCUCACGGUCACACUCAUACAGAUUACCAAAAACUUUAAUUCUGGACUGCAAAUAUACAUCAACUCAAUUCAUUCAGCCCGACUUUGCACAAUUCAAUCACAAGAAAUUAUCCUCGCACACAGAUUGCAAAAGAUAAAGGAACCCUAAACAUCAUGCUCGCGAUACGUCCACCAUCUAGUCAAUCUUCAUCGAAACCCUCGAAAAAAUACACACCGAAUCUCAUCCCAUGUCGCAUAAAUCACACGGCCCCAAUUAAGAUCGAAAAGAGAUAUUGGGAUCCAAAAAUUACAAAGAAUCAAAGGGGAAAGGAAGAAUUGGUGUCAUAUUUCAGAGGUAGAAGAUUGAUUGGAAGGAAGGUUAAGGUUCCGGAAGGAUGGAGGGGGGUUGUUUUGAGAGUGGGCGAAGAAAUUAUGCCACGAGAAUCGACUGCUGAGGAUGAGAGACAAGAAGACGAGGAGGAUGAGGAUGAAGUGGCAGAAAAGGAAAUCGAAACAAAAAUAGUUGAUGAAGAAGGUGCUUUUGAUGACUUGACAGUAUGGGGGCAUGAGUGUUUGGUUGAUGCGAGUGGUGAUAUGGUCGUCAGAGGAAUGGAAGAGUGGAUGGCAUGGGCGAGUGUGAUCCACAGCUGCGAGGACGAGAUUAGCAAGGAGGAUGAAAAGUCAAAUUAAUAAACGAAUCUCUACAUUCUUUAUAAUGGGAUACAGGGGAGUUCUAUGGCGUUGACAAAGGAUGCAUCGAUAGUUGCUCUGUGUUGGAUCCAGUAUCAUACCAGACACACAAAUUUGUAUUGAGCGAGGAUUGACAAAAAAACAUCAAGUCGUCAAAAGUUUCAUUGCUGGAGUACAUUGGAAAGGCUUGAAAGGCUGCUCUGCACCUCAAAGAUCGAAUGGGAAUAUGUUUUAAGAUUUACAAUCAAAUCGAAAGGUGUACAUAUAGCGCCAGAUCAAAGAUCGAUUCGUUUUCGCUUCGUUCUUGGGUUGCUCGAGGUUUCCUCUACACUAUCCUCCUUCUUAACCUUUCGCUCCUCUUUUAUUUCACUCCGUGGCCUCUUUCGUUGUCUACACCUCUUCAGGUUCCCUAUCUCUUCGCCCUCUUGUUUUAUAUAUUUUGCUUCUUCGCUUUGUUCCCGCUCUUUUACUUCCAAACCCUCUUCAACAUUCCAUGUUUUCUCUCCGUGGACACUUAUCCAGUCUUUCAAUUCCCUUUGAAACUUUUCCUUCAAAGCUUUGUACCCUUCAUGCCCCCGGCACCUUUCCCACUUUUCUUUGAAUAUGCCACUAGCAAUCAGUUUGUCUUCCUGUUCUUCAUGCCCUUGACUCUUUUCUAUUUCCACUUUUUCCCCAUCCUUUCCAAUAUCGUACUUUCGUCCCCCUUUAUGAUUCGCAUAGCGUUUCGAUCGCGUCAUACCCAUUUGUAUAAAUUUUCUACUCAUAUCCAUACCUACAAAAUCAUCUUCUUUGUAAAAACGUAGAAAUUCUCCAUACAAGGCGUUCGAGGACUUUUCUGCAAUCGAGGGAGUUCGGAAUCGCCAAAGAGGUAGGAGAUAGGAUUUGUAAGGCUCAUACGUUAGGACUCCUUGUUCUCCUCGUCGAAUGCGAUAGGUGUAAUAUUGAGAUGGAGGAGGACGGGUGAAUUGGCCGGGAGAAGGCAGGACAUCGUCGAUAGAUUUGGAGGAACGUGGUGGCAUCGUUGUGGUGAUUACUUUGCCGGAUGCUGAGAAUUGUGCCUGUGAACUGUGAAAUAUCCUGUGAAUGUUCAAUUUCUUCCUGGGUGCUAUUUUACGUAUAGUAAAUAAGUCAAGUAUCAUGCUUUGGGGGUUCUAGUGGACUUAGAUUUCGAUAAUAGUCUGGAGGCGGAGUACAUGAUUGUGAUACAACAUUGCCCUUGGACAGAGGGGGCAAUGAAGUCCAACUACCUAGGUAUGACGUAUUGUAAGUUUAAGUUGGCUUUAUAUUGAAAUUGAACAGUAAACAAAUGAUCGAUCUAAGAACUUAUGCAUAGAAUUCAAUACUUGAGAACUGUUGGAUUCUUGA